UUAGCUUCCAGUUCCUUCCACACGUGAGGAAUACGACCUUUAACUCGGUGGACGAGUCGUUUUUAGAGGUUUCUAUAUGUGCAGCAGGUGACAAUGCUUCUUGCGAGGAGAGCUGUGAAGGCGGCGGUGCGGACAAACACCUGCAGGUGCUUUAGUGUCGCACAGACUCACCUGAGCGACAGAAAAGGUCUGGUGCUAGGAGUGUUUGAGCAGCAGGAGGGAAAGGAUGGCAGCCUUCAUCUCACUGAGGCCGCAGCAGGUUUCGAUAAGUCUCUGUCUGGGAAACUGUCGGAGCUGCUGAAAAUCUCUGGACCUGCACUCAAGAAAGGCAAAAGCAGAAUAUUUUAUGGAAUUCACAAGGACUUUCCCUGUUUGGCGGUGGUGGGCCUGGGUAAGAGCAAAGCAGGUGUUUGUGGGGCAGAGAACUGGGACACCAGCAAGGAGAACAUCAGGCAGGCAGUGUCGGCUGGCUGCCGGUCGCUUCAGGACCUGGAGGUGAAACAUGUGGAGGUGGACAGCUGUGGUGAUGCUCAGUCAGCUGCAGAAGGAGCCGUUCUGGGGUUGUUUCAGUAUGAUCAACUCAAAUCCAAGAAGAGGACCAAAGUAACAGCGCAGCUUCACGGGAGUGCUGACAUGGUCGGAUGGGAGAAAGGUGUCAUGUUUGCAGAAGGCCAAAACCUGGCGCGGCUUCUCAUGGAAGCUCCAGCCAAUCACAUCACUCCCACUGCUUUCGCGAACGCCAUCGAAGAGAAACUUGUUCCACACGCCGAACGAGUCACGAUAAAUAAAAGAUCACAGGCUUGGAUAGCGGAGCAGCAGAUGGGAGCCUUCCUCAGUGUGUCGAAGGGUUCGGAGGAGCCGCCUGUCUUCCUGGAGCUGCAUUACAAUGGUUCACCCAACAGCAAGCAGCCACCGCUGCUCCUAGUGGGGAAAGGCAUCACGUUUGACAGCGGGGGUAUUUCUCUGAAGCCCUCUCAGUCUAUGGAUGCAAUGAGAGCUGAUAUGGGUGGAGCCGCCACCGUCUGCGCAUCCAUAGUCACGGCAGCAGCUCUGAAACUGCCGGUCAACAUUAUUGGUUUGGCCCCCCUGUGUGAGAACAUGCCCAGUGGAAAGGCGACCAAACCAGGUGAUGUUAUCACAGCCAAGAAUGGGAAAACAAUCCAGGUUGAUAAUACAGAUGCAGAGGGCCGACUGAUCCUUGCUGAUGCGCUCUGUUAUGGACACACCUUCAAUCCCAGAGCCAUUGUCAAUGUUGCUACUCUAACAGGUGCGAUGGAUGUAGCUCUUGGCUCGGCAGCAACGGGAGUGUUUACAAAUUCUGACUGGCUCUGGGAGCAGCUGCACAAGGCUAGUGUUGUGACAGGUGACAGAGUGUGGCGGAUGCCUCUCUUCCAGCACUACACCAGACAGGUGACUGACAGCCAGCUGGCUGACCUCAACAACAUCGGCAAGUACAGCCGUUCUGGUGGUGCGUGCACGGCAGCGGCAUUCUUGAGGGAGUUCGUCUCAGCUCCCCACUGGGCUCAUCUGGACAUUGCUGGCGUGAUGAGUAACAAAGACGAGAUUCCCUACCUGAGGAAAGGCAUGUCUGGCAGACCUACACGUACAUUAGUGGAGUUUGCUGCCGGUUUGGCGCACAACAGCUGAGAUGGACAAAAAAUUUCAAGACUUUUCCACAUUCAUCCAGCCUGACUGAGCAGAGGUGUGUGUCACAUGAGAGCUUAACACAAAAGGUCAGAAUCCACACACAUUUGAACAGUUCCUCUGAAGAACUGAAGAAAUAUUUAGUGAAACAGUCUGAUGGAGCUUCACAGUUUUUACUGAAUGUUUUUAGGCCUCAUUGUUCUACACAAUGUAUUCCUCAAACUGAUGUUUUCACCAGAGAAACCUGAAGCUACGUAGCACUUAAAUCAUCUUUUAUGCGUUGUAUAAAUAGAUUCUAAUUGGUAAAUAAAAAAACAUUUAAGUGCA